AUGGACCACAAGAGAAUUUCUAUUGACUCGCUAUCAGCUUACUAUGACUUCUUCCCGACUCUCAGCUCUUCCCCUCAUAAUAUUGCUGUCUAUGGUUUUGAUCAACGAGGCUGGGGCCGAUCCGUGAAGAAGUCAUCAGAGAAUGGUCUCACGGGACCCACAUCACUUGUCCUCAGCGAUAUUCACGACUUUGUACUUCAUGUUGCGUCACUUACAGAAGCGAAAGGCAAACCCUUGUUCCUCAUGGGACAUAGCAUGGGAGGCGGCGAGACGCUCUACUAUCUUCUUUCGAGCCCACCCGCCUUUUCGAAUCGCCCAAAACUAUCAGGUUUUCUCCUAGAAGCACCAUAUAUCGAACUUGACCCUUCCGAGCAGCCAUCCUUUGCGAAAGUUCUCGUUGGCAAAUUAGCGGCCCUUUUACUUCCAAACACUCAACUAAAGCAGAAAUUGGAUUCGACAUAUAUGUGCCAUUCAGCCAAAGUGCGACAGGAUUGGGUAGAUGAUCCUCUUUGCCAUGACACUGGAACUCUGGAAGGUCUCAAAGGACUCCUUCAACGGGCAGGAGACCUUUCCACCUUGAGCCAUGGUCGUCACGUGUUGGGUAUCCAAACCAAGUUACCCUGUCCUGUAUGGCUUGGUCAUGGCACCUCAGACCGGGUAGUCUCUCCUGAAGCUGCUAAGAGACUUUUCGAUGUACUAGCAGCCCCAGAUGGUGACAAGAUCUAUCAAGCUUACCCCGACGCAUAUCACAAGCUGCACGCUGAGCCUGAUGGGAUAGCAGAACAGUUUGCGAAGGAUGUUGCAGGAUGGAUCCUCUCUCAUGGCAAGCAGCCAGCAACUGAACACCAGCCAACCAAAACAGGAGGCGAAAUGAAGGCCAAACUUUGA